AUGAACUAUUACAGAUUUUGGUACGUGAUUAUAUUUCAUGUAGAUAUUAACGAAUGUGAAACUCAAGCUCCGUGUCAUGCAAAUGCUACUUGCACAAACGUGGAUGGAUCAUACUACUGUGCUUGUAAAGCAAAUUUUAGUGGAAAUGGCUUCUUUUGUGAAGGUAAAUGUUUUGAGAAUGUUUGACAAAAUGUGCAUAAAUUAUUUGAAAUCUAGCAAUUAUUAAUUCUUGAAUAAUCGAGGAUUGCCAGAACAGGUUUCAGAAUUUGGCCAGUAAUGUCAUACAAUCUCGUACAAAAGGAAUAUAUUCUUGCAAAGUUUAGUUCCUUUAAAACCAAUCAUAUCUGAACUAUUUUUAAUUUUUUUUUUCUAUUAAAGACCAUGUCCAGUCCGUAAUAAACAAAUCCUUUGUUUACAUUUUGAACUGCUACAUUUGUUAAAUAAGACAUAUUAACUGAAUAUCUAACACUUUUCAGGUUCUCUAUUGUAAUUGAAUAUAAAUUGGAGCACGUUUAAAUUCAAAAAAGUUCGAGACAUUUGGGCAAUGUUUCUUUCUCCCCUUUAAGGCGCCCUUGUUAUGAGCAGAACUGAUGCACAGAACGGACUUGACAUGGUCUUUAAAAGUAAUUACAUGUUAAAAAUAUUUACGAGGCGUUAUACAACCUGGGUAUUGCUAACAAUGCGAUAAAUAUAUUAACGCUCACAGAUUUUGGCUAUUUGUUCGUGUUAGCAUGCAAAAUAGGAACAUUUGGUCAAAAAUUCGCAAUGUUUCCACAACUAAAAAUGAUUGUCACCUUCAACAAUUCAUUCAUAUAAUUCAUUCAUUCAUUCAUUCAUUCAUUCAUUCAUUCAUUCAUUCAUUCAUUCAUUCAAAGUACAUACUAAAUACAAACAUUUAGUUUUGAUGUUGUAAUGCAUAAAGGUGAGGAUACAAUGAGAUUCAGGCUGUAGAAGUACUACCACGUAAAUGCGUCAAAGAUUUCAAUUUCUCUGGCAAUGCUCGAUCUUGAAUUGUCUAAGACAGUACCGUGCUAAAUAGUCUGUGUAUCAAUUAAUUGCUGUAUGACUAUCUAUCUUUACUAACCCAUAAUAAAUUAAAGCAACAAAUCUACGAAUUUUCCAAAAGAAAUGUCAUCCCAGCAACCGAUUUGAUUUACAUAUCGGUCAAUGUAAGGUGAUCUAUUCACUUCUUGGAUUUCGGAUUCCUCUCUGGAUUCCAACUUCUGCUCUUUGGAUACCGGUUUCCAUUACUUGGAUUCCGGUUUCCACACCUUGGAUUCCGGUUUCCACUCCUUGGAUUCCGGAUCCCAGAUCGAUCGUGAUUUCCGGAUUCCAGAAAAUUGGCCCAUGAUAAGGAUUCUGUUUUAAUAGUUAAACACAUUGUCAAAAACGUAUUGCUCCUUUUAUCUAUUUUAGGUCUAUUUUUCUUCGUUUUGAAUAGUUUGAAAGACUUUUAGACACUUUGCCGUUUUAAACUCGGCUCUCGUCGCUGCUUCGUAGGCAAUAAAAAUUGCGUAUUGCCCGUGGGCAAUACGGGAAAACCCUUCCUUGUCAGCAGACAAUCAAACUGCGCGAUUCAUAAAAUAAUGCUUGCCAUGUAAUAAUAGAGUAUAUUUAUUUCAAAAAUCGGAAAAUUGAUAUAUGCAUUGCUAUACGCAUGACAAAAUCGUGUUCUUUAAUUAAAAUGCAACUGGAUUUUGUCAAGAAGUUUUAAUACUUUUGUGAGCAAUUUGGCAUAAACAAACUUGGGAAAUGAUCAUAAACUGAUAAAGGCACAUAACUUAAACUAGAACACAUGAUUCAAACUCAUGAAACAACAUAAUUAUUCUAGAGUAAGAAUAUCUUUAUAAAUUGAUUACAGACUUACAUAGUCAGGUAUCGCUGCAUCUUGCCGAGAUUAUUUCUUAAAACUGUUUCCAAGUAUUUUCCACACGCUCUUUUUGCCAUACUAUGUUUUUAAAUUAAACUCAUUAUUGUGCCAAAAUUUAGUUAAAUUCGUCCACGUUUGUCGUUUAUAUGAUCAAUACAAGAUAAAUUUCGCCGCCAUAUUGGAUUUUUGUUGUUUUGAUUUCCCGCUCCCCCAGUCAUCACGAAAAUCAUUAAUUGCACUCCUAGAGAGUGCAAUUAGAUUGCAGUCAUUUGUGAUGUAUAUAACAAAUCGCGAUGUCACUCUUUACGUCAUCAUUUAGCGAGCCUGCGUUCCUUUUGAUAAUGUUCCACACCAUGUUCCCCGCAUGACAACACGAUAGCCUUCAAAAUAUAAAUAGUGUUAAUGAGUGAUGAAUAAUUAAAUUUUAAAAUUUUGAAGCAAAUUUUGAAAAUGUUGUCAUUAAUAUUCCGAACGAUAUGUGAUUCGAAUGAAAAGCUACGAUACUUGCGUUAAUCUGAAAGUAAAACAACGAAUUCACGAAGGAAUGUGUCAAGUUUUUAAUUUUAAACUUGGAGGCUUUUAAUUUUCAGUAUAAUAUACGAUUUAUAGACUCCUCUCGGGGGAUUCGGCGAAAUAUCACCCUCAGUGAUGAUAUUUCCCUCAGGGGCGUUCGGGGAAGCACCUUGGGGAAUAUCAUCUCUUCGGGCAAUAUUUCACCGAAUUCCCCUCGCUCCAGGUCUAUAAAUGAAAGAUGUACAUCACAAAUUCCCUCGGAAUGGAUUGUUUAAAAUUCACUUUAGUCCACUCGUCAGCAGAAGAACAAAAACAACUUCCACAUGAAAUAAUAACUAUAUUGUGACGUAUAUGACUUUUUCUAUGUUGUGCCUUACAGAACUUACAUGUAAAGUGGAUGCAAUAUAUUAUGCAACAUCAAGUGGUAUCAAAGGUGUAUUCUCUGACGGUAAUUCAACAGUUACGAUAAUAUCAGGAAGUAACGUGAAGUUAAACUACGAUUCUACGAGUGAAAGACUCCUCUACUACGAUGGUGAUAAUCUAAUAAGUGUUAAACUGGACGGCAGUAAUGCAACUACAAUAGCGUCUCUCUCUAUCGUAUUACGGUUUGCUGUAGAUCAUAUAACAAGGAAGGUGUACUACAUUACUAAUUUAUUCAGAAACGUUCGCAGCAUUGAUCUGGAUACUGGAGCCGACAAUCCUGUAAGUUCUAAUGUUGGAAGUGGUGUUGAAGACUUGGAUACUGAUCCAAAUAACAGGUAUAUUUCAACUGCCAUUGAUUAUAAUACCUUAAUAAAAAUAACAAAUUGGUUUAACGAGUUUUACCAUUGCGCUAAGUUAUAUUUUCGUUAAAUGAUUCAAAUGUUGGUCAACGCUAGGAUACUUUCCCUUUUACAGCAUGUUUAAAAAGAGAACAUGCGAUAUCGAUUCAUUACUUUAUCCUUUCAAUUAG